ACUGCUGAGUGCUUGGAGAUUUGCGGACGCGCAAACAGCGUUUUCCCGCAGACAUCAUGGUUGAGCCGAUCGACCCGGAAAAUUGGCAAGCGGAAGCCAAGAGGGAACAGUGCGAAUUUUACACAAAGGUGGGCCACAAGGUGACUUGGCGCGGCGUGCCCUCCGAGACGAAGCACUCUUUGCAGCUCAUGAUUGCGGAGCACAUGUUCCACAGCGAAUUGACCGAUGAGCAGGAGGACUUGUCAGACCUUGGACUCUCACGGACAGAAGCGGCAAGUGUCAAAAUCAUUUCAAAUAAGAUUACGAAGUAUUUUCCUGAACAGUUUGUCUACAUCAAUAUAAUAUACGUCACCGCCAAGUGGAAAAAAUCAACGUGGGGUGAAAUUGUGUUCAGGGUGGAGGGCGGCGGCCAGACCAAGUUCAUCGACUCGCGGUACAGGGUUUACUCAGACUGGGGCUCGUACCUGACUGGAAACCGAAUGGCUCCCUGCCAAAUGUGCUACCCACCAAACGGAAGGUACACCCUGGCGCCCACUGGAAUGGAAGUGCUACUCGAGAUUGGAUGGUCGCCCAACUCGUCGCGCAAAAACAGGAUUUUGGCGACGUGCAAACUGAUCGCCUACCUGGCGCUCUUUUUCGGUCUGAUUUUAGACGCUGUUAAUGCUUUUCUGCCGGAUAUUACGAUUCUGUUUAUUGUGGGCAGCAGUAUUUCGAUCGUCGCGUUGAUUUAUCUGGUGGUACUGGCAGUAGUCAAUUUUGUGGAAGCUCUCAAAUAUUCGUAAUUUUGUAGCAAUAAGCGCGGCUGCUCACAUUUAUGAUUUUCAGAUGAUAUACAUGAAUGAUUUAAUUACAAUUUCAAAAAUAUAUUGCAUCAAUUAAAUUUUCUUCAAAUAAAAUGCAGACAAAUUGUUUCACCAAUUUAUUUUCGUGUUGGAACUAUAUAUAUCUUUGUCCAAGUUUAUGAAAAUAAAAAAUUAUUCAAUUGAAGAAGAAU